AUUAUUGACAUAAUCUUUACGAAAUAGUGGAACUUAAAAUAAUUAGAAGGACCGACGAAUAGUGUUUGGGACCAGCACCGGCCGUUAAGAAACAGUGGUCAUAAUCAUGUUACUUGGCCAAUUUCUAUAUGACAACCGGAGAGGAUUUUGGUUAAUAUUGAGACGCAUGUGAAACAGGAUGUGGCUUAAUAUCCUAGUAUCCGGUGCAUACGGGAUUUGAUUUAACCUAGGAUGUAAAUAAUGAAAAAUAUUCUAAAUCAGCAGUUGUUGAUUUUCUGCAGUCUUAUUUACUUUUGAAUUGCAUAUUUGCUAUCUAAGCUUCCGUUUAGAAGAUACUAAGCAAGCAAAGUGCCAAAGAAUGUCAUUUCUCUCAUUUUCAGAUUUGACAUGUAAACUUCGUCUGCUAUAGAAAUAUUUAUUAUUUAGACAGUAAAGUAAUAGUUAUAUGCUUGGCUUGGCUAAGUUAUUUUUGUGCCCUGAGCGGAGGUAAGCGGCGGCGUCAUUUUCGAUUUAUUCUUCUGCAUUGUUUCAAAGAAGCAAAUUGAGAAAUUCCAGAAAUCAACAUAAACAAAAAUGAAAUAAGGUAUUUUUCAAAAUGCAGCGAAACCUCCCUAAGAUGAACAGCCAGAAUUCCAAGUGAUUUUGCUCUGAUGUGGGGGUACGCUGUGACAUUUAUUAAUGUUAUAGAAAUAUUGGUCAGAGGAUCUGUAAUUCAUUCAUACCAGAUCAUUUACAGGAUCAUACCAGAUUAAUUAUUUAUUGGAAUUAAAAUGUGGUUUGCUUUGACAUUGGGUUAUGUUGCUAAAUGGAGGCCUAAUUAUACCACAGUAGGACUAAAAACAAUUCACAACUUUUACGGUUUUCCCAAAGAAAAGACAUAUAUUAAUGGCAAAUGGGUCACAGCUAAAGAUAAAAAUGUUUUUUCUGUUGUUAACCCAGCCAAUGGCGAAAACAUUGCAAUUGUUCCUGAUUGCAAAGUUUCUGAUCUUGAUGAUGCAAUUGAAGGUUCCUUGGAUGCAUUUAAAACUUGGAGCAACACUACUGGCAAGGAAAGAUCUGCAGUUUUAAGAAGAAUGUUUGAUAUACAGUUAAAGAAGAAGGAGAAUUUGGCUACUGUAUUAACGACAGAAGCGGGAAAACAUUUGAAGGAGUCUGAGGCUGAAAUAAAUUAUGGUGCAAGUUUUUUGGAAUGGUUUUCAGAAGAAGCUCGGCGUAUUUAUGGUGAUGUUGUUCCUUCUCCAUAUAAAGAUAAGCAACUUAUUAUUUUAAAACAACCUCUUGGUGUUGCUGGAAUUAUCACUCCAUGGAACUUUCCCAAUGCAAUGAUUACUCGCAAAGUUGGAGCAGCUUUGGCUGCUGGUUGCACAUGUGUAAUUAAACCUGCUGAAGAUACACCCUUAUCUGCACUCGCUUUUGCACAAGUAGCAGAAGAAGCUCAAGUUCCACCUGGUGUUAUUAAUAUUGUAACUUCUUCCAAAAGUAAUACACCUUCACUUGGGAAACGAUUAUGUGAAAGUCCCAAGAUUUCGACUAUUUCUUUUACUGGAUCGACAGCUGUUGGUAAA